AUGUCGACCUUCGAGCCCGUCGUUGUCAUCGACGGCAAGGGACACUUGCUCGGUCGUCUCGCCAGUACAGUCGCAAAGCAACUCUUGAAUGGCCAGAAAAUCGUCGUCGUGAGAUGCGAGGCCCUCAACAUCUCUGGCGAAUUCUUCCGUGCUAAGCUCAAGUACCAUGCCUACCUCCGCAAAAUCACUCGCUACAACCCAACCCGCGGUGGCCCCUUCCACUUCCGCGCCCCCGCCCGCAUCUUCUACAAGACCGUCCGAGGCAUGAUCCCGCACAAGACCGCCCGCGGUGCUGCUGCCCUAGAGAGAUUGAAGGUCUUUGAGGGUAUCCCUCCGCCAUACGACAAAAAGCAGCGCAUGGUUGUUCCUCAGGCACUGAGGGUCCUCAGAUUAAAGCCAGGAAGGAAAUACUGCACAGUGGGAAGACUGGCACAUGAGGUGGGAUGGAAAUACCAGGAUGUGGUUGCGAGACUCGAGGAGAGAAGAAAAGUCAAGGGCGCCGCGUACUACGAGCGAAAGAAGGCCCAACGAAGACACCUUGCCGAGGCGAACAAGUCGACUGCGGAUGUGGAGGCGAAGAAAAAGUUGGCCGAGCUGGGCUACUAA